AUGCCGUCGCCACCGACGACGACUUCUCUCUCGGUGACGCAAACCAUAAACGGAUCGCACAGCUUCACAAUCAAGGGGUACUCUCUGGCGAAAGGAAUCGGGAUCGGGAAACACAUCGCCAGCGACACUUUCACCGUCGGCGGUUACCAGUGGGCUAUCUAUUUCUAUCCCGACGGCAAGAACCCGGAGGAUGGCUCCGCCUACGUCUCCGUCUUCAUUGCCUUGGCUAGCGACGGCACCGAUGUUCGGGCUCUCUUCGAGCUCUCCCUGCUUGAUCAGAGCGGGAAAGGGAAGCACAAGGUCCAUAGCCACUUCGAUCGUGCUCUUGAGAGCGGUCCUUAUACCCUCAAGUAUCGCGGGAGCAUGUGGCUGGUCUUGUCUGCUCGAUCUCCUGUCUUUGAAAGCGAGUUUCUUGAUGUUACCGGAGAAGAAGAUCGUGAUAUCGAAGUCACUGACAUGGAACCUAAGGUUUUCAAGGCUUUGCUCCAUUACAUAUACAAGGAUGCUCUCAUCGAAGAUGCAGAGUCAUCAUCGUCUUCCGGUUCAUCUCUUGGUCCAUCAGCAGCAGACACAUUAGCUGCAAAGCUGCUAGGAGCCGCUGAUAAAUACAAAUUGCCUAGGCUCAGUUUAAUGUGCGAGUCAGUGCUCUGUAAGGAUAUAUCAGUAGAUUCCGUCGCAAACAUCUUAGCCCUCGCUGACCGCUACAAUGCUUCAGCCUUGAAAUCCGUUUGUCUGAAAUUCGCAGCGGAAAAUCUGAUAGCUGUAAUGAGGUCAGAUGGGUUUGACUAUCUAAGGGAACACUGUCCGUCACUUCAGUCUGAGCUUCUGAAAACAGUUGCGGGAUGCGAAGAGGAGAUAAGCGGAGGAGGAGGGAAGACGAGAAGCGUGUGGGGUCAAUUCUCAGACGGUGGACCUGAGACGAACGAGAGAAGCGUAAGGCAACAACAGGCUUGGGGAGAGAUCAAUGGAGGCGGAUCAGAGAGAAGCCAGAGUGUUUGGGUUCAAGUCGUUAACGCUAAUGCAAGCGGUAGAAACAAUAAUGACAAUAACAGUGAUGACCCCAUGGCUGAAGAUUGA